AUGUCAAAGAAGCGUCUCAUUGUAAGCAGUGUAAACGAUCCAGAUGAACUACUUCUUUGGGAUUCCUCAAUUUCAUCUGUUUUCAGCAAUGUAUCAAACUCUACUGUCACACAGACUCAACUCAAUUGCCCAAUUUCCUUCAAUAGUCUUUUUAGGUUAUUAUACGGCAAUAAUUUGGAAAUUUGCUCUUGCCACGGUAUUCUCUGUUUUGCCAUUGCUGGACUUUAUGCUUUUCUGUGGAACCCGUCCCUUAGAAGAUACAAUGUAUUGCCUCCUUUGGAAAAUCCGGAGGAGAGUGACGGAAGUACUUCUUAUGUAUAUAGCUUUGGGUAUGAUCAUUUCAGUAAUGUUUACAAGGUUGUUGCUAUUUCUCACCUCCAUGACACAAACAAAAAGAAUGAAGUUAGUGUUCAUAGUAUGGGUACUGGUUAUUGGAGGAGGAUCCAUAACUUCCCAUAUUCUCGUAGCAUGCCUAGACCAGGAGUAUUUGUGAGUGGCACUGUUAAUUGGUUGGCAUCUGAUUUUUCGAGUAGCGCUACUUUCUGUGACAUUGUUUCUCUUGAUCUUGAAAAGGAGUCAUAUCAACAGCUUUCGCUGCCUGAUUUUGAGAAGAAGUCUUGGACCUUGGGGGUGUUUAAUGAUUGUUUGUGCAUCUUUGCAAAUGGUGUUAUGUUUUAUGAAGGAAUAUGGAAUUAA